CGUACCCCUAACUCUCACGACCACUCCCUAAACCGCCUCCAACCCUCCUGAUUGCCCACAAUUAUACCCUUUUACUUUUCGCUCGCACAGUCCCGGAUUCAUCGUCGGUAAUUUAUUUAGGAAAUAAAUUUUAUUUAGUAUUCUCUCACGCAGAGUCAUUUAUUUAGGAAAGUUUUUAUUUUGAAUUUAUUAUAGUAGACCCUAAAAACUGUAACCCUAAAUUUCACAACCCCUAUAUAAUAGCCUCUAACCCUCCUGAUUUUGCACAAAACUACUCUAUUACUUUACUCUCUUACAGUCCCCGGUUCUUCAGCAGUCAAUAAUGAGACCUCAGAUGGCAAGAGGACGUGGUGCUGGUCAUGGUCGUGGAGCUUUUAGAGCUCAAAAUAAUGCGGUGAGAGGUGGUCGUGGUGGUGGAGCUUUUAGAGCACAAAACAACGCGGGAAGAGGUUUAGGUGUCCGUGGUCGGGGUCGUGGUGGUGGCCGAGGCGGGGCCAAUCAUCGUGGAGGGAUGAGAGGUGGAAAUAAGGCAGUGAUAAUUCCGCAUAGACAUGAAGGAGUGUUUAUUGCGAAGUCUAAAGAUGAUGCUCUGCUUACUAAAAGCAUGGUCCCUGGUGACACUGUAUACAAUGAGAAGCGCAUCUCUGUUCAGAAUGAAGAUGGGACCAAAGUAGAGUACAGGGUUUGGAAUCCUUUCCGAUCCAAGCUGGGGGCUGCAAUUCAGGAGGGUAUUGACAAUAUAUGGAUUGCACCCGGUGAUCGAGUUCUCUACUUGGGAGCUGCUUCAGGAACCUCCGUCUCUCAUGUAUCUGACAUUGUUGGACCUACGGGAGUUGUGUAUGCAGUGGAAUUUUCUCAGAGAAGUGGGAGGGACUUGGUCAACAUGGCUAAAAAGAGAACAAAUGUCUUGCCCAUCAUUGAGGAUGCUAGACAUCCAUCAAAGUAUCGAAUGUUAGUUGGCAUGGUAGAUGUCAUAUUUUCAGAUGUUGCUCAGCCAGAUCAGGCAAGAAUAUUGGCUUUGAAUGCAGCUUAUUUCCUCAAAACAGGAGGUCAUUUUGUGCUGUCAAUAAAGGCAAAUUGCAUCGACUCCACCAUGCCUGCUGGCAAAGUAUACGACAGUGAAGUUGAGAGGUUGAGGGCUGAUCUGCUGAAGCCUGCAGAGAUGGUGACAUUAGAUCGAUUUGAGAGAGACCAUGCCUGCGUCGUUGGUAGUUACAGAGUGCCAAAGAAACAAAAAACUUCUGCCUAACAACUGUUGGAGGUUCAACGCUUGGAUAAACACUUCCUCAGCCAUUUAGCUUAAAAUUUAGAAUUAUCUCUCUGGGCUUUGCCCUUUCAUUUGAAGAGUUUGUCGGACUUAUUUUUAUCUAGACUUGUGAUUGGACUCAUUGACUACUAUUAAAUACUUUUA